GCCAAUCGGCGCGGCCGUCUCCCACGCGCCCCGGGCGCAAGCGCGGCAGCGAGCCGAGGUUGGCGGGGCCGCUGAGGCGCGGAAGUCGCUGGCCGCCAUGGUUCUGGAGAGCGUGGCCCGCAUCGUGAAGGUGCAGCUCCCCGCCUAUCUGAAGCGGCUCCCGGUCCCGGAAAGCAUCACCGGCUUCGCCCACCUCACAGUUGCAGAAUGGCUCCGGCUGCUGCCCUUCCUGGGCGUGCUUGCCCUCCUCGGCUACCUCGCUGUCCGCCCCUUCUUCCCAAAGAAGAAGCAACAGAAGGACAGCUUGAUAAACCUUAAGAUUCAGAAGGAAAACCCCAAGGUGGUGAAUGAAAUCAACAUCGAAGACCUGUGUCUCACGAAAGCAGCCUACUGCCGGUGCUGGCGCUCCAAGACGUUUCCUGCCUGUGAUGGCUCCCAUAAUAAACAUAACGAGCUGACGGGAGAUAACGUGGGUCCACUCAUCCUGAAGAAGAAAGAAGUAUAACAGGAAUGAUGUGGGAUUGAUUCAGUGUGUGCUGUAAAGUCUUGCAGUAUUUUCUCAUCCUUUGUGUAUAGAAAAUCUCUGAAAUGGUGGUCUUAAUUAUUACUAGGUGAAUAAUUAUUUCUGCCGGUUUAUUUUCUUGCUACACUACUGUUUAUAUUUGAUAUUUUGUAUAUUUAAACAUUUAUGUAGAAAUAAAUUGUCAAGGCUCAUUCUGUCUUCAGAGAAUUAACAUAUCUUCCAGCAAUAAAAUCAAUUUCUCUCAUUUUA